GUUUACGUGGUGACCUUGGAACCUCGAGGCUUUUUGACCCUCUCGCCCACCCGUCUGUACCGCGGGGGGUGCUGGGAAGUGUAGGAGGAGGAGGAGGCGGUUAGAGGCCUACCCCGGGGACGGACCCCGGCCCACGACCCCAUGGACGCCCUACACGCCGCUGGGAUCCACUUUGCUGAGGUUCUUCAGUCCGGUCCCCGUUGGAUGGAGGACGUUUGGCUGACCGUCACCUCCUCGGCCGAUCCCAAAUGCAUCUUCACCAUCUGUUUCCCUCUGGCCUAUUUCCUUGACCGGAAGGUUGGGGUGGCCGUGCUGUGGGUCGGGCUGCUGGCGGAAUGGCUCAACGUGGUCUGCAAAUGGUUUCUAUUUGGGGAACGUCCAUUCUGGUGGAUCCACGAGUCGGGCUUUGGCAGCGGGCAGCAGCUCACAGUGCGCCAGUUCCCCGUCAGCUGUGAAACGGGACCAGGCAGCCCCUCCGGUCACUGUAUGAUCACUGGGGCAGCGCUGUGGCCGCUGGUGUCUGCACUGACAGCGCUGGCAUCACGACACUCCAAGAGCCUGCUGCUGAAGCUGAUCCCAUUCACUGCCUACAUGUUGUUACUGGUGGCCGUGGGGCUCUCACGGGUCUAUGUCCUCGCUCACUUUCCCCACCAGGUGCUCAGUGGCAUCGUGGCAGGUGCUGUGCUGGGCUGGGGGCUUCAGGCUCGCACCCCCAUCACCCGCUCUAUGGGUUUCUUUGCCGUCACAUCCCUGGGGCUGCUGCUGGGCUCCAUUGCUUUGCAUGGGCUCAUGAUCGCUGCUGGCGUUGACAUCGACUGGUCCAUCCGUUUGGCUACAACGUGGUGCAAAGACCCGUCUUGGCUUCGCCUGGACACAAGACCCUUCGCUUCCAUCUGCCGGGUUGCAGGCAGCGCUUUGGGGCUGGGAUUGGCCGCAGGGGACCCCAAACAUUGGGAUAAACCUUUACCCCCCCGACAACGAGCAGCCUGCGCCGUGUUGGCGUUGGCCGCAGUGCGGGGGCUGCAGCACAUCCCCCAGCCCCAGCAGGUCACACUAUGGUACACAUCCAGCUUCAUUAAGUACGCGGCAGGGCCGGGCUUGGUGGCUGUUCUGCUGCCCCGCAUCGCCAGAGCCAUCACCCGGCCCCAGAGCCGCCCCCAUGCUCAAUAGUGGGGGGGGGUCCCAGUGUUGGGGGUGGGGGGGGUUCUAUCCUUAGCAUGGUGAGCCCAUCUCACAACAGCACAAUCCCAACCCCAGCAGGUUGCUUCUAGGAGGGGGGCAGCCCCUUAUCCCACCCCCCACCCCCCAUUUCUUCAUAGGAGGGGAGGGGGGGGCUCCUCAUCCCCCCUAUUAACUCCUAUGGGGGGGGGGGCUCCUCAUCCCCCCUAUUAACUCCUAUGGGGGGGGGCUCCUUAUCCCCUUAUCCCUCUUUGCCCCCAAUAAAGGCACUGUUACACUCCA